AGCCGGCUUUGGAGAGCCCGCUGCGGCGGCGGCAACAUGGCGGACGUGCUAAGUGUCGGAGUGAACCUGGAGGCCUUUGCUCAGGCCAUCAGUGCCAUCCAGGCGUUGCGUUCCAGCGUGAGCAGGGUGUUCGACUGCCUGAAGGAUGGCAUGCGGAACAAGGAGACGCUGGAGGGCCGGGAGAAGGCCUUCAUUGCGCACUUCCAGGACAACUUGCAUUCGGUCAACCGGGACCUCAAUGAGCUGGAGCGUCUGAGCAAUUUGGUAGGCAAGCCAUCUGAGAACCAUCCUCUCCAUAACAGUGGGCUGUUAAGCCUGGAUCCUGUGCAGGACAAAACUCCUCUCUAUAGCCAACUCCUUCAAGCAUAUAAAUGGUCAAACAAGUUGCAGUACCACGCGGGCCUGGCGUCCGGCCUUUUGAACCAGCAGUCGUUGAAACGUUCUGCUAACCAGAUGGGGGUAUCCGCCAAGCGCAGACCAAAGGCCCAGCCCACCACGCUCGUCCUGCCGCCUCAGUAUGUUGAUGAUGUGAUUAGCCGCAUCGACAGGAUGUUUCCUGAAAUGUCCAUCCACUUAUCCAGGCCCAAUGGAACAUCAGCAAUGCUUCUGGUGACCUUGGGAAAGGUGUUGAAAGUGAUUGUCGUCAUGCGGAGCCUGUUCAUUGAUCGAACAAUAGUUAAGGGAUAUAAUGAAAAUGUCUACACGGAAGAUGGCAAGCUUGAUAUAUGGUCCAAAUCCAACUAUCAAGUUUUCCAGAAGGUGACAGACCACGCCACCACCGCCCUGCUCCACUAUCAGCUGCCCCAGAUGCCAGACGUCGUGGUCAGAUCCUUCAUGACCUGGUUACGAAGUUACAUAAAGCUGUUCCAGGCUCCGUGCCAGCGCUGCGGGAAGUUUCUACAAGAUGGCCUCCCCCCCACGUGGAGGGAUUUCCGAACCCUCGAAGCCUUCCACGACACCUGCCGCCAGUGACCCCGCCCCAGCCCCGGGCCGGCCUCCAGGCUCUGCCCCGCACCUUCCCAGAUGAUCCCUGGAUCCCCCGGUCAGCCUGAUGGCUCGGCCCCGUCCUCACCACGUAGACUCCAGCACCCCACUCCUCCCCGUGCGUAGAGCAGCACGUCCUACCUUAAGGCUGAGCCACUUGCGGAACAGAUUCCUUCUCGUUUUGAUGGGACUAAUUACCCACCGCAGGUGGUAAACGGAAGGCAGAGAAAACCUUUUAGAACUCAGAGUAAGGAACUCACGCAGCAUGCUCGUCCUUGUGUGUUGGCGAAUGAUCCUCCUGGGCCUGUGCUCUAAGUCAUGUUCACGAGCCAUUAUCGUCUGAGUAAGCCCAUGUCCGUACAUCCUGUCAUGCUGGGCGUUUUGUUUUGUAACUUUUUUUUUAAUAUAUAUAUAUAUAUAUAUAUAUAUAUAUAUAAGCAGUAAACGUUUUGUACCCAGGACAAGGCUUUGUCUCCUGUCUCUUAAAGCACCUUCCACAUUCAGUGUAGUGAACAUGUGGGCAGAUCUGGGCCUUUUGAAGAAAAAAGAACAGUAAUGUCUGCAUUUAAAACCUUGUUCUUUCUGAGGACACGGUUCCUUGCUUCUUGCUUAGGAGAGAGGACAGUGUUGGCAAAUAUUCCAUUUCAAAGAUGUUUUUGCAGUUUGAAAAACGGAUUGUUCUUUUUGAGGAAAAAGUGCACAGAUGUUUCUUUUUACUAAGCCAGUGGCACAUGCAUGCCCAAGGGAAAGGAGUCUGCCCGUGUCGGCAGCUAGAACGCGUGUGAGCGGGCGUGACGGGGGUACCUGGUUCGUUGGUCCCAGGUUUUGUCCUAAACGUUACUGUGAACAGAUUCCAGCCCAGUUUGCUGAGGACAUUCGGGGCCUUGACCCCAACAUCAAAAGCUAGAACCUGUUUGUAUGAAGAAAUAUAGAAGACCGGGCGAAGCUCUCGAAGGAUGGGGGAGCUUCCUCGAGCUUUUCCGGCCCAGCCUACGCUACAAAUGUUCCCUUUGCAACGAAGACGGCAGAGGUGUCUUGAGGUGGCCAAAAGAGCGAGUGGUUCCUGGGUGACUUCUGGUACCGCUUAGGCCCUCCCACCUGCCCCCACCAGGCUUAAAGGAGCUGAGGACAAAGGAUCCGGUGAUGGAGAAAGGAUAAGACAGUGCCGCUUGGGGUGUGGCCCAGCGGCGGCAGCAACAUGGGGAGAGAUUAGAAACACAGAGCCUCAGGCCCCGCCCCGGGGGACUCUGCUGUGGGCCCAAGUCUGAGAGACCCCGUUCAGGAGAUGGGCGCCCCGUCUGGGGAGGUGUGAUGGGAGGCAGCGGGGACGUUCCCACACAGCCAGAGAUUCCAGACUAAAUACCAUGGUCGUCACGUUCAAGAUGCUGUCGCUCAUGAGAGGCACCAUGAUUUCAUGAACCACUAGGAAAAAAAACAGGCUGCCAAUUAAACCGUGGCCCAGGCCUUAAUGAGAAUCCUGUGUGACACAUGAGUCGGUCACACCAGCCUUUCAUGUCUUCCAAGGGGGUUGGCGAUUUCUCCCGCCUGAGUUUUACUGUUUAGCGUGGGACAGACGAUCCCUUCGCACGGCCCCUGGUAACAGAACAUAACACGCUCCUUUGACUCACGGGUAGCUGCCUUUCUUUGGUGUCGUGAGACGCUUGUCUGUUGCUCUGGGACAAAACACAGAGCUGAGGACACAGGGUAGGUGAUAACAUGUCAUCUCAUUGCUGCGCACCUUUUGGGAGACAUUCGAACGGCACGUAGACUGACCUCUGCGGGGCUGCGGUGCGCGUUGUUGCGUGCAGUGAUGAUGGUGUGACCGGCUGUGACCACGCUGGAGCCCGUGGAGGGCCGAGUGCAUCAUGGCUGCCAGCACCCACCAGCGACUUUGAAAAGUGCGUUGGGGGGCGGGGGGGGGGGGCGCUGAUGAGAUGAACAGUAGAUCGCCUUGUGAGACAGCUGUUUGGAUCCUCCUGAGAAGGGUCCUCGCUAGAACCAGGGGCUCUGACUGCUGCCGGCCCCCGUUUUCGGGAGAGCGAGCCAGCCGGCCUUGAGUCCAGAGCCCGGGGCGGGCAAGAGCUUCUGCUUAAUGACCCUGUUUUCUCUGUGUCCUACUUGAUGCUUGUUUCCCAUUUACGGGGAAGGGAUAAAGUUUCCAUUUUGAACAAGUGUAUUUAGGCGGAAAAGUGAGACCAUUAGAGGAAAAACAUUAAAUAAAUAUUGGCACAGC